AUGCUCCGGCUGCUGAGCGCCCUCCUGCUUGUGGCCCUUGCCUCGGGCUCUGGCCAACCUUCCCCCCCCUCCAGCCGCGUGGUCAACGGUGAGGACGCGGUCCCCUACAGCUGGCCCUGGCAGGUCUCCCUGCAGUAUGAGAGGGACGGGGCCUUCCACCACACGUGCGGCGGGAGCCUCAUCAGCCCUGACUGGGUCCUGACUGCCGGCCACUGCAUCUCGAGCUCCCGGACGUACCAGGUGGUGCUGGGCGAGUACGACCGGGCAGUGACGGAGGGACCCGAGCAGGUGAUCCCCAUCAAUGCUGGGGACCUCUUCGUGCACCCAAAAUGGAACUCCUAUUGUGUGGCCUGCGGCAAUGACCUCGCCCUCAUCAAGCUGUCGCGCAGCGUGGAGCUGACCCCUGAAGUCCAGCUGGCCCAGCUCCCUCCCGCGGGGGACAUCCUGCCCAACGAAGCACCCUGCUACAUUAGCGGCUGGGGCCGUCUCUCCACUGGCGGGCCACUCCCAGACAAGCUCCAGGAAGCGCUGCUGCCCGUGGUGGACUAUGCACACUGCUCCCGCUGGGACUGGUGGGGCUUCACCGUGAAGGAGACCAUGGUGUGCGCCGGUGGGGACAUCGUCUCUGGCUGCAACGGUGACUCUGGGGGACCCCUCAACUGCCCCGCAGCAGAUGGCUCCUGGCAGGUGCACGGUGUGGCCAGCUUCGUCUCCUCCCUCGGUUGCAACGCCCUCAAGAAGCCCACGGUGUUCACCCGAGUGUCGGCCUUCAUUCCCUGGAUCGAGGAGACCAUUGCAAACAACUAG